CUCCUCCUCCUCAUCCACAGCAAGAACCAGGAAGUGAAAGUACACACAUGGAGGGUGUGCCUUCCUCCGUCUUAUUAUUAUGUCUUCUUUUUUAAACACAAAGUAAAUUAAUGGGGGACUCGGCGAGGACUAAGCGGCAGGAGCAGCUGAAGCGCUGGGCCGGCUCCUGCACGGACCAGGCGUCCGCCGUACCCCGGCGGAGGUGGCGAGGCGAUGCUACCGACGACGGUGCGGUGGAGCCCGAGGCCGAGCAGAGCUACUCCCCAAGGGAGCAGCAGGAUGAAGUCAGUCCCCUUCUCAAACGACGAAAAUCUGUCAGGUUUGACCGGGCGGCAGAGUUUCUGGCUGCCUGUGCGAGUGGAGACACAGAGGAGGCCUACGUGAUGCUGAAGGAGGCAGAGGAUGACUCAAAGAAUAGGAACAGAGAAGACGUGGGAGAAAUAAUUAACUGCUCUAAUGCAGAUGGAAUCACAGCACUACACCAGGCCUGUAUCGAUGGCAGCAUGGAGAUGGUGACCUUCCUUUUAGAGCACGGUGCCGAUGUUAACCAGGUCGACAGUGAGGGUUGGACGCCGCUGCAUGUUGCUGCUUCCUGCGGCUACUCUGACAUUGCAGACUUCCUUUUGAGGAAAGGCGCUUCUCUCUCUGCCGUCAACUGUGACGGUGACGUUCCCCUGGACAUAGCUUUGGAUGAAAACACGGAGUCUCUUCUCCAGGAUUAUACUUUGACACGAGGCGUAGACUUGAAUGCAGCAAAAAGGAUGGAGGAGGAACAGAUCAUAAAAGACGCCCGCACCUGGCUGAAUGACGGUACACCUGCUAAUAUCCGACAUGCAAAAACAGGAGCAACCCCGCUGCAUGUGGCUGCAGCCAAAGGCUACUUAGAAGCCCUCAAAAUUCUCUGUCAGUGUGGCCUUGAUGUGUCGGCGAGGGACUUUGAUGGCUGGACACCUCUUCAUGCAGCGGCACACUGGGGUCAGGGAGAAGCCUGUCGCAUUCUUGCUGAACACCUGUGUAACAUGGAAGUCCUCAGUAAUGCGGGGCAGACACCGUUUGACGUUGCUGAUGAAAGUGUGGAGGAGCUGCUGGAAGAGCUAUCACAGGAACAAGUCAAUUGGCGUAAGGAACGAUCCUUACUGGAGAGACAAAACCAACAAGGUCCCUGUGCUCCAAAUACUCAGAACAAAAAACGAAGGACCUCGGUGUGUAGGAUGAGCAGCAAGGAAAAGAUGAACGUUCAGGACCAGUCUAAAGAGAGAGGCAUCUCUGGGGAUCUGGAGCCGAGGAAGGAGAAAGACAGUAGCCCUGAAAACUCUGUUGUGUCUACUCCAGACACUGCAAGUGUGACUCCAGCUGAUGAGACACCAGAGGAGUGCAAUGUGGAAGAGGAACAAGAGAUAGAAAAGGAGCAGGAGAAGGACCAAGACACGGAGAAGGAGCAGGAAAAGGCCAAUCGCACAGCAAGAGUUCAGCCGACUCCUCAGAGCAGGGAUGCUAUCGCUGAGAGUUCCAAUACCCCCAGUUCUGAUAGACGCAAGUUCCAGGCUCCAGCCAGAGAUGAAGAGUCUGAAUCACAGAGGAAGGCUCGCUCGCGGCUGAUGCGCCAAUCUCGACGCUCUACACAGGGUGUAACUCUGACAGACCUGAAAGAAGCGGAGAAGGCUGUGGCCAGAUCUGCAGAUCAACCUCCACUUACUCGAAACAUCCAGCUCGUCAGCCCCAUCGUCACGGUCACGCCUGCAGAACGGGACACUGAUGUUUUGAAACAGACAGAGCCGGAGACAGAGAAACGUCUGGCUGUGAAGGACAAGAGGAGAGGGAGGAAGGAGAGACGCUCCACCGGCAUCGUUCAGCCUGGAGGAGAAAAUGAGGAGGAGGACAGUUAUCUGGACGAGACAAACAGUAUUAGCACAUCUUGUGAGAAUGAACUGGAAUUCUUAUCAGCCGACUACAGAACUCUGUAUUUCAAGGUGCUGCAGGAGAACCUGAUUCUGAAGGAGAAGCUGGAGGAGAUGGAGCUGCUGCUCAGCCAGAACAAAGUGGAGCUAGAGAGACUGCGACAGAACCAGGAAAAUAGCACAGACCGCCCUGCACUGCUGGAGCUGGAGAGAUUUGUACUGGGGGACCUCAGAGCAGACAACCAGAGGCUAAAAGAUGAGAAUGCUGCCCUUAUUAGGGUAAUCAGUAAACUCUCUAGAUGAGCCACGGAAAAAAAAACAAACAAAAAAAAGAAACGUUUUUACUAUAAGUAUUAACAGGAUUUUACCAGUCAGUUCCACUUAAAAGACACAAACCAGGAGAAACAGGACACUGUUGCAGGAACCCCAGAGUCCUGCAGCUUGAACUGAAGAAAAAAAAACAAACCUAAGGAUUUCAGGAUGCUCUAUUUGUUUUGAACAUUUGUGACAAGAUUUUUUCACACCUACUGUAAGAAAAACACAAACAAGCUGAACUGAUCUGUUUGUGCACUGAAAGGGGGUUUCUGUAGUCAUUCAACUUUUAUAUUCUUUUUUUAUUGUUGUAUAUUUUUUUCUUUUUUUUUUUUUUUUAAAUUGAAAGAAAUCUAUACUGUUAGACUCAAGAGCCAUGCAGAGUGAGUUAGGAGUUGUAUUCAGGUGCGAUUUCACACCACAGUUGCUUGGUCCUCAUUUCGACGUGGGUGUCGGUGUACUUGCUUGAACAGUGGUGUUGUUCACUUUGGUAUGCUUUGAAUGAACCAUUGUUCAUAUCCUUAGAUAGUCUGUGUGGUUUGGUCAGGUACAAAAGCUUACCUGAGAACUGGAACCAAACAAACAAUUUGAAAACAUUUGAGUCUUGUUGACUUUAAUUGGAUCAGAGUGCAGUUCACUUAAGAGUGUGAAAAUGCAAGGAGUGAACCAAAGAGAGGAAGCGAACCAAAGAAUGGAAACAAAUAGAUGGAGGUAAACAAAGACAUAGUUGUAAAAUGUCUUGGCAGACAUGUAGAGGUGCAGAUGAUUAGUGCUUCAUAAUCUGUAUCAUGGAGGUUUGUGGGUAUUUACUUGUUGGUGCUGGCCAAUCAUCACGAAAUCAUGUGCUUUUCUGUCAUGGUCAGUGCUGGUUUAGGGUGAUACCUCCAUAACAAGAAGCUGUUCCAACUGUGUGAUGUUCUCAGGCAGCUUGGUAAGCUUUCAGAAGUGCAGUUUGAAAGUGAACCAAAUUAAAAUAAUAAAAAUCAUUCUGCACACACCUGACCAAUUGAGUCCCAAUAACUAUACUGAACAUACUCUAGUAAUUUAGGUUUAAAAAAAAAAGCCAAUUGUAGAUUAGAACCAGUAUUUGGAAGACAUCCAAGUGCCAAAAAGCCAGUUUUGCAUCAAACUGUGAGGUCAGUAUUGUUUCUGAGGUUGAGUUUUGGGUCAAUGCUUUUGUUUUCUAGCUUGCAUGUUCAUGUCCCUGCUUCUCUGAAUGUAUAUUUGAGUAUGGAUAUUUUUUACAGGGGCUGUCCAUCAGUUUAUCCAUCUUGUGCCAAUCUUGGACUCUACACGUGUCUCUUAGUGUUUUCUCUCUAAACUGCUUCAUCUCCUUUUGGUUUAGAACUGUUCUGAGUUGUCUUCAAAAGUAUGUGGUAAUUUCACUUUGCCAUAAUCGUCCUGCCCUGAUAUCAGUAGUAGACAUAGAUGAAAAACAAAACGUACAUGUGUUAACUGUAUGUUAAUGCCGUGCCUUUCUAAUUAGGUUUGUAUGUAAUUUUUUCCAAACUUUUUUGGGUUUGUUCAGUAUAUUAAUACAUUUGGGGAAAAAACAAGAAAUGAUCAGUUUGUUUUCUUUUCUUUUUCUUUUCUGGUAUAUGACCCUAAAUGUCAAAUUUCUCUGCUAGCUUUUAGUUAACUGAAUAUUUAUUUAGAAAAAAAAAAGCCUAGUGUUAAUUUAAGUUCUGUUUUGGUAGGGAAAUAAUAUACUUUGCACAAAAUAAAUGGGCCUAAUAUUGCUUUUUUUGUUUUUAAUAAAUGUCAGUACCUGUUUUUUGGUUA